AUGAAACCUUGGGCGUUCCUUUCCUUUCCUUUCCUUUCUUUUCUUUUCUUUUCUUUUCUUUUCUUUUCUUUCUUUCUUUCUUUCUUUCUUUCUCACUCUCUUAUGUCUAUCUAUCUGUCUAUCUGUCUAUCUAUCUAUCUAUCUGUAUACAUGAUUGGAGCUUCUUUUUUUUUCUAUUUUUUUUUUCUUUUCUCAUUUUCUUUUUCGCCUUUCUUUUUCUUUCGUCAUUUCUUUAUAUUCUUACUUUUCUUUUUGCGUAUUCUUCUCUUUUUCCUUCUUUGUUUCUUUUUUCUUUACUUUUUCUUUUCUUUUACGUUUACUCUUUCUUUCUUCGUGUUCUUUUGCCCUAUUUUUUAUCUCUUUUUGUUUUCUUUCUUUUUUCUUUUAUUUCUAUUUUUCUUUCUCCUUUUCCUUUUCUUUUUUCUUCAUUCUUUUUUAUUUUCUUUUUCUUCUUUUUUCUUUCUUUGUUGUAUUUUUAGUUGUCUUUUCACUUCUUAUAUCUUUCUUCCUUCGUUUCCUUUUCCUUUCACCUUUUCUUCGUUAUUUUCUCUUUCAUUGUUUUUUUUUUUUUUUUUUUGGUCUUUUUUUAUUUUUCGAUCUUUUUCUUUUAUCUUUUUCUUUUCUUUUUCUUUUCUUCAACAUUUCUUUCCUUAUUUUCUAUUUUUUUCUUAG